GGAGCCUGUAAGGGAUUGGCCAAACCAGUCACAGGAUGAUGAGAAGUAAAGAGGAAAAAAAAACACUGAAAGCGUUCCUGCCAUUCAGAACAGCAGCUGCGGCUUCAGGGAGAUUUUUAACUCUACAAUUAUGAGUGAAUCACUGGUCGUGUGUGAUGUGCAUGAAGAUCUGGUGAAGAAGCUGAAGGAGUUCCGCUUCCGGAAGGAAACCAAUAAUGCGGCCAUCAUUAUGAAGAUUGAUAAAGAAAAGCAACUCGUUAUUCUUGAAGAAGAGCAUGAGGAUAUAUCACCUGAUGAGCUAAAGGAUGAGCUGCCUGAGAGGCAACCCAGAUUCGUCGUCUACAGUUAUAAGUAUCAACAUGAUGAUGGACGUGUGUCUUAUCCGCUCUGCUUCAUUUUCUCCAGUCCAGUGGGUUGCAGACCGGAGCAGCAGAUGAUGUACGCAGGAAGCAAAAACAAGCUGGUGCAAACGGUUGAACUGACCAAGGUGUUUGAGAUCAGAAACACAGAGGACCUAACAGAAGAGUGGCUUAGAGAGAAACUUGGAUUCUUUCGCUAAAGUCGUCUCAUCCCAGAGGGUUUGGGAUGUGAGGAGGAUCCUAACUGCACCACCUGUAUCAUCUUUCAAGAAGAAUACACUACAGAUUUUACCUUCCUCUCCAGGUGGACCUGAUUUAAAUAGUUUUUGCAAAUGUGUCGUUAAAGGCCAAAUCGGUGAGGUUGAGGAUAUUAUUACAAUUCAGCCAGAAGGUUCAGACAGUCACAACAAGAGUUUGAGUACUUCUUUGUGACCCAGCAAUUAUGACGCUAUCUAAACCUCACCCAUCUGGUUGCCUGAAUCUUCAAAUGCUAUUUGACGCAGGCCUGCUUUUGCCUCCCAUACCAUUUCUCCAUUUGCCAAUGAUGUCUGUACUGAAUUAACACUCCCAUAGUUCUUAAAGUGAACAGAAAUGAAAUGUGCGUAUCCUCCUUUCCAAAGCAUGCUCAUCCAGGAGAAUCUAGCGUCUUUGUAACAGUUUCCGUUUCCUUAAGAAGUUUACACUCAACCUUUUUAUAACUGAGACCCUCCUCAGUUGAUCUGUUUUUACCUUUCUUUAUUUUGUGUGGUAUUUGGAGGUCUUAUUGGCUAAUCUUUAUUAUUAUUGUUGUUGUUAUUAUUAUUUCUGGUGUCUGUAGGUUAGAUUUAUGUUGAACUUGGAGCAUUAUUUCCUUUCAUUUGAUUAGUUGUAGCUAGAAUCCAGAAAACACUACUGAGGUCCUUCAGUAUUCAUCCAAGGGCAUUUAAAUUAUGAGGUGCAUACUGUAGUUCCUUCCCAAGAAGACAUGAACACUCGCACAUAGUGAGGUAACAUGAGCACAGGAAUGAGAAAUUGGGGCUGCACAUAUUCAGUGCCUUGCCAAAGUCUUCACGCCUGUUGAACUUUUUCACAUUUUGUCACGUUAUAAACACAAACUGGGUCUUGGUGAUGCUAUUUCUUCAAUAAUGUUUGAGAAUCACACCUCUGAUGGCUUCACAGAACAGCUGUAAUUAUACUGUGAUUAAGCUGCUCCAGAGCUACAACUUGCAGCUCUUUAGGUCCUUCACAGUGGCUGAUAGAGAAUUAAGCAUUGUUUAUAAAUGUAAAGGUAAUAAAAAUGGAUUGUUUAUGUAAUAUUUCUUUAUUCUCAUGCUCUAUCUGCAUACAAUGUUUACAAUAGAAUGACACCGAUGGUACAAGGAGGAAUUUUAUUUUCUUACUCUUCCUAUACAAAAAAAUGACAAAGGACAAUAGUAUCUUACUGGGAAAAAAAUGCAAUUUAUGGAGUGAAUGCUCCUAAAAUUUGAGUUUUCUUUUUUUGAAUGGUAAUUGUUUUUUUUUUCUGCUCUAGGCAAACUUUAUUCAGUAAGAGCAAGAGCAAAACUGGCUUUUGGGUUUGUAAAGGUUGCUGACCCCUGGCCUAUCACAUAAAAUCCCAAUAAAAUAAAUCAGUUUGUUGUUGAAAUGUAACAUCAUAUGGAAAAGCUCAAAGCUUCACUUUUGCAAGGCACUGUAGCCCUGUUGGUGUGAUAGUGGAGGAUUUUUUAUUCCUGUUUAAAGAAAAAAAUCCAACAUGAAUCAUGGAUAAUGUCUUGGAGCUGCAGAUUUGUUACACGGUCAUAACCAGGGUACAAUAUUUCAAAAAACAUUCCAAACAGAAACCUUCUAUUUUCCUCAAAACUCUAGCGACCAUGAUGGCGAUGACAACAGUGCACACAGGGUCUGAUAUGUUUUUAAUCUACUGGGUUACUAUCUCUUUAUGGGGAGGUUGUUGGCUAUACUGUUUUACUGAAUGUUGAUUAAUUCUCAUGUAAAGCCACUUUAUUUGCUUUGUAGUUGUGUCAGCCUUAAGAAUAAUGGUGCAACUCUUCAGAAUGUUGGUUGUGCUUCAUAUAUUAGACGUUGGGCCGUUUACACUUUCCAUAAAAACCUACUAUAGCUUCCUCAUACUGAAAUGUGGCAGCUGCUUAUAUGUAGUUCCAGUCUCAAAGUCCUAACUAUAAAAAGUGUUUCAGGUGAUCUGUAUUCUGUGUCGGUGCAGGAUUUUAGCUUGUUUAGUACAUUCUAAAUAUGAUGUGGAGCACAGUGUUAAACUACAGAAGUGUCACUGCCCAAUAGGCAUGGGCCGCAUACCCGUAUCACUGUUUUAAAACUUUGCAAUUUCAGAAUUGCUAAAGUAUUCUGUCAUACUGUUUGAAGUACUUUAUUGUGAUGCCUGGGAAAGUGCUGGAGUGACCAGAGUUUUCUCCAGUAUGGGUUAAAGCAGUGUCUCCCCCUCCCCCACCUGUUGUUGCACAUCGCAAGUGAGUUCAGGAAAAUUGGUACACUCUUCUCUCUAACAAGUCAAAUUUGUUACUUUGGAAAUAUUUUUGAUUAAGAAAAGCAGGAACCGUUAUGGUGUGCUACGUUAAACUGUACGUUAAAACUACAAUUGGCAAGCUACUAGCAGCCAAACCGGCCCAGGCCUAUUGUCCAAACACUGUCUGGCUUGCACCAUGCCCAAAACAGCAUUAUAUAUUUUUUUAUACAUGUUCUAAAAAAGCACAACCAGUCUCUAAACCAGUCGGAGUACAAGCAACUCCGAAUAAUCUGGAAAACUAGUUAAAAGCUACACAGACAUUGUUUUUUAAUAAGAAAUGUACACCAAAUCCUGCAGUGACUUAUUUUUAUGUGAUGGUGAGAAAAAUCCUAAAUGGUGAUUGGCUCAGGAGGAUUUCUGAUUGGUAUUAAAAGCAUCGUACCACCUCGGUAUAUUGGUCAGAUCUUUAGAGGAAAGAAAAUGGGCACAUAUGAACUCCAUGUCUCAUCAGUGUCGUCUCUGAGUGCAGGCUUUUUGAAUGAAAAAGGGAGGGUAAAAGUCUGUAAACGUUGACACAAAAACAUGUCAUACGGUUAUGCUCAUCAAUGCCUUGUCUUCAUUUCUUUUUAUCUUCUGUGUAUAUUUGGAAAAUUCAAAGCGGAUAAUUACGCUUCUUGCUAAAACAAAGGAAAAAUCCUGACAUUUUUGUAACUCAAAUCCUAUUUUCUCCUGCUUAUGAUACAUAAUAGAUACUCGGAGCAUAACAGACACGGACUGCUCCUGUGUUCAUGAUAGCCACACUUGCAUAGCAGAACAUAGGUUAUACCAGCAAGAACAAGGGGACACAACUGUAAACACCUUUUCAUAUGGUUACUGAUCCCAUUAAAACUUAGAUAUGCACUGCCUGCCCUGUAUGAUGAAGCUACGGGAGAGAAUUAGUGAAGUUUACUAUUUGACACUAUCAUUUCACCAACCAACACUAAAUUUCUUUAAAAAAACGUAUGGAAUAUAUUGUGGAUCAUCCAGUCAGGGCAUUGUGGGCUAACUCUGAAAUGUGCAAUGUGCGGGUUUUUAUGUGAAUAAAAAAAAACGAACUGUCUUUCAGAAUUCUCCAGAUGUCAGAAAUGUGGACAGAUACUGUAAAACGAAUGCUUUCUCUACUGAAUGUAAACCACUUCCAUCAAACUUUCCUAGCAUCACAGAAUUGUUUCUCUCACAUGAGAACUCUUUAAAAACAGAAUCAAAAUCUUUACAUCUAAAGCAUCCAGAGCCAGUACUACGAAGCAGUAAGAGAACUUCAGAUUCAGCACUUGGUUUUCAGCAUCACAUAGCAGGAAAGCUCGAUGCUUAUUGCCUUCAUGCUUCACAACUUGCGAUUAUUCAUCAGCUAACAAAUCCACCUGUUUAGUAUGACUUACUAUCUGGUCUUUGCAUACUUGCUGAUUCUUUAUAAAAUACUUGAUGUUUGUUAUAUUAGGUAGAAAUGAAAUGUAGUAAACUGUCUUCUGUGUAACAAAAUCAGCCUCACCUUUGGUUUCGAGCCUUGCAUCUGGUUAUAUCCUGUGGAUUCCUGAACUUCUGCUGUGUGUUUAAAUAGUUGUAAAUCUGGCCUUCUGAAUCAUUUACUUUAACCUGCGAAUGUGUAGUUUAGCUGAACAAGUGUCCUCCGAUCAAAUGCCUAUUAUAUUUUCUUCCAUUUUUACUAAAAACUGAAACAUAUACAAUAACUAGCUGUCUCAUGACCUCAGUGAAACUUUACACAUUUGUAUUCCUGUGUCUGUUGUCCAAAUAAACUGAUGGUGAUGUCUA